AUCCAACACCAACGAAGAAGAAAAAGGACCGUAACCGGAAGUUUUGGCUUGGAAACAGUGGUAAAUGUUUCAACAUGUCUAUCGUUUUUGUACCAAAGAAACUACGAGGAAAAGCGAAAAUUAACCAAGAAACAAUACAAAGGCUGCUGGAUGAAAAUGAUCAGUUAAUCAGAUGCAUCACUGAAUACAUGCAGAAAGGACGAGCAGUGGAGUGUGUACAAUACCAACAGAUCCUGCAUCGAAACAUCGUCUAUCUGGCAACUAUAGCUGAUGCCAGCCCAGACACAACACCCCCUGCUUCAAGUUCUACAUCCAGUGAAGCACCAGCUCCUCCUGUGAAUGGACAUGAGGUGACAUGAUGGCUGCCACUGCCAGUGGAACAAACAUUUGUUGUCUAGUUAUUUUUGGAAGGAUUAUUUUUUUCAUAACAAAUCAUACCAGUAUUUAUUCAAAUGAAGUAGAAAUAUUUCUCAUUCUUACAUUACCAGUGUUUAGUAUUUUUUGUAUUUGAUUUAUUAAAGAGAAAUUUAUUUUAAAAA